AGAAUGAUUCCAGUAUUGGGCCUAGAGGAGGGAGGAGCAUUUCUUUACCUGAGGGCACAGGCCUCUCCCCUUGUUUGCUCUGAGAUAGCCAGUCUCGCUCCUGCCCAGCUCGAGGAGGCUGCCCUGUGGGUGCUGCCUUCCCUCCCCACCAGACCCAGACGCCUAGACCAACCCAUAGACGGCUGGACGGCAGGACUCGGCCAUGGCCCAGCUUUCUGGGCUGUUGCUCUGUGGGGCCCUGCUGGGCUUCGCUUGCCUGGACCCCGGGGUAGCCGUGGAGGUGAAGGUGCCCGCCGAGCCCCUGAGCACCCCCGUGGGCAAGACCGCCGAGCUGACCUGCAGCUACAGCACGUCGGUGGGAGACAGCUUCGCCCUGGAGUGGAGCUUUGUGCCGCCGGGGAAGCCCCUCUCUGCGUCCCAUCCCAUCCUGUACUUCACCAAUGGCCAUCUGUAUCCAACUGGUUCUCAGGCAAAGAGGGCCAGCCUGCUUCAGAACCCCCCCACAGGAGGGGUAGCCACCCUGAAACUGACUGAUGUCCACCCCUCGGAUACUGGAACCUACGUCUGCCAAGUUAAUAACCCACCAGAUUUCUACACAAAUGGGUUGGGGCUAAUCAACCUUACUGUGCUGGUGCCUCCCAGUAGUCCCUUGUGCAGUAAGAGUGGUCAGACCUCUGUGGGGGGCUCUGCUGCACUGAAAUGCAGUUCUUCCCAGGGAGCCCCCAGGCCAGUGUACAACUGGGUACGCCUUGGAUCUUCCCCUACACCUUCUCUUGGCAGCAUGGUGCAAGAUGAGGUGUCUGGCCAACUCAUUCUCACCAAUCUCUCCCUGACUUAUUCGGGCACCUACCGCUGUGUGGCCACCAACCAGAUGGGCAGUGCAUCCUGUGAGCUGACCCUCUCUGUGACUGACCCAUCCAAAGGCCGAGUGGCUGGGGCUCUGAUUGGGGUGCUCCUGGGCGUGCUGUUGUUGUCAGUUGCUGCAUUCUGCCUGAUAAGGUUCCAGAAAGACAGGAGGAGGAGGCCCAAGGAGACAUAUGGGGGCAGUGACAUUCGGGAGGAUGCCAUUGCUCCUGGGAUUUCUGAGCAAACUUCUGUGAGACCAGAUUCUAGCAAAGGGCUCCUGCAGAGACCCCCCUCUUCCAGCAGUGUGACGACCACCAAGUCCAAGCUCCCUAUGGUUGUCUGAUUUCUCCCCCUGUCCUUGAAGGGGACUAUCAAGAAUUAAAGCCUUUGGGUAUCA